GUGUACCAUAGCAAGCACACUUUGUAGUCAGUUAGAGGACAUUGAGCUAGUUUUUUGCAUGUAUAUUGACGAGGAAACACUUUGCAGACACAUUUUCUUCCUCGAGGUUUGAAGCUAAGAUAUGGAUUUUUCUAUCAACAAGGUUCUUCCCCACUCGCCUGCAUGGCGGGGGAAAAGCGUGCUGUUUGAUAAGAAAGUAGAAGUUACUAGGGACGAGCCCCUCGACUUUUCAGCAGCGUGGAAGCAGGAGGCUUUCAGAAUGCAUCUCCGGUGUGGGGGCAUUGACCAGGCCGAGAAACUCUUCAGCAAGCUCCACACGCAGGAUGUUAUGCAGUACACCCUGCUCAUCUCGGCUCUGGUCAGGGAAGGAAGAUUUCACGACGCAGUCGGCUGGUUCCAGAGAAUGCUGCUAGAAGGGAGAAAGCCAGAUCGAGUUUGCUUCGUAGCAGUCGUGGGUGCUUACGGUGGGAUUGGGAACUUGGACAAGGCAAAGUUUAUCCAUGGCUACCUCUACAGGUCUGGCUACGAGGCUGAUAUCAUAGUCGGGACUGCUCUCGUCAACUUGUAUGCCAAGUGCGGUAGCAUCCGGAACGCUCGGCUCAUGUUCGGCAGGAUCACUUCGAGCUCGCCAGUGCUGUGGAACGCGAUGAUCACUGCGUAUACCCAGAGCGGGUAUGUGGAGCUCUACUGCGGCGAGGUUGUCAGCUUGUUUCAGCGGAUGUGCUUGCAAGGGAUCAGAGGGAACCAGGUGACGUUCGUCGCCGUGCUAAACGCCUGCGUUGGCCCGUCCAUGGCGGAGGAAGUAGAAUGGAUACAUGGGCUGGUGACCGAGAGUGGUUUUCAAGGCGAGCUUCUCGUCCAGACCGCGUUGAUCAAGGCUUAUGGGAGAGCAAAGCUCGCGGGGAUUGCUACGAGGAUCUUCGAGGGGAUAGUGGAGCGGGACAUCGUUGCCUGGAACACUAUGGUGGCGGCUUAUGAAGCCGCGGGUCACUUCCGCGAGGCCGUGCACACCUUCUGGCAAAUGCGAGCCGAGAACCGAGUAACUCCAAACAGGAUCUCCUUCGCGGCCGUGCUGAGAGCUUGUGCCGGUCUCCAGGACUCGAGGCAGACCGAGAGAGUUCAUGGUCUUGCGAUGGAGUUGGGGGUGGCUGGGGACGAAGAGGUGCAAGCGAGCCUCCUGGAUGCGUAUCUGGCGUGCGGCUCUCCAAGCGGAGCUCUCGGGAUCUUUGGCUCGAUGGUAUCGCGGCCUCCUCGUUCGUGGAGCUCUGCCUUGCGAGCCGCGGGAGACGUGGUGGUGUUUAGAUUGAUGAUGCUGGAUCAAGGGGCAGCAGCAGUGGAUGGAGUUACGCUGGGUGCUGCGCUUGGAUUCUGUGAAACACGGGCUGAUGUAGAGCUCGUCCGUGCGUGUGCUAAAGAAGCCGGGCUGGAAUUGGCAGAGGAACUGGCUUGGCAAGAUCCUGAAACGUUUGCAUGAAAAGACAGAAUUUAAAAAAGCUCUCUUUAGUAAACCUUUCUUUAUCUUUGUCGUCAAUGUCCAAAUGCCAGUGAGCUAGCAAGACAAAAUGGUUGUCAAUUAACGAAAUUCUUUUCUUUAAGGAAGAAUAUUUAUUUUAAAA